GCAAAAGUGGUCGCAGCGUUGCGCCGUCGUUUCGUUCUGUUUUUGUGUUGUUCCGAGGGGUUUUCGAUCGAUUCGUCUUCCGUACCGCAAACUAGAAGAGCGAAAAGAUGGAGACCAUCUUCGAAAUUCAGCGGCGUUUGCACGAGGAGUGCGAUCGCUUGGUGAUGGCCAUGUCGGAGGAACUGAUGAUUCCGAAGAAAACGACGAAGGAAAAAGUGUUGGCCGACCAUAGAAUUAAAGUGUUUCUGGAGCGCUACCAAACGUGCUCAAAGUCGCUGCUGGAGCUGUACCAGGAUAAGGACGGUGAGCGCAAGCAGGAAAUUACCAACAUGAGCGUGAACGAGUUUAAGGAGUUUUACAGUCAGUUCAACUCGCUCAUCGAUUUCCACUCCAACCACGGCAACAACGUGGCCGUGCCGGCGUCAAUCGAGUUCAACAAACUGAAGGAACAGCUGAACGAUCCGGCCUAUCUGGCGGAGGUGGUCAAGUUUAGUGACGUCGAAAACUACGGUCAGUAUUUGGAUCUGCACGAGUGCUACGACAGUUUUGUCAACUUGAAGGGCAUCGACAAGAUCGACUACAUUACGUACCUGUCCGAGUUUAACAAGUUUGUCGACAUUCCGCGCAAGCAGAAGAACCUCAAGUACAAGGGCUACCUGCAGCUGCUGCACGACUAUCUGCACUCGUUCAUCACCCGCAGCCGGCCGCUCUUCUUCGAGCUGGAACACACGGUCAAGCGGAACGAGCUGCAGUUUGAGGACAUGUGGAAGAACGGCAUCGUGCCGGGAUGGGAAAAGGUGCGUGACGUGGACGAUGAUGCGCUGAUCAAUCUCAACGAGUUCGGAAAGUGGGAGGAUUUGACGUAUCUCGGAUUGGACCGGUUAAAAUCCGCUCUGCAGGCGCUCGGCAUGAAGUGUGGCGGCACGCUGGAGGAGCGAGCGCAGCGUUUGUUUUCGUCAAAGGACGACAAGAACCAGGAAAACGAACGGAAGCGCAUGAUGCACGCCAACAAGGAGAAGGACAUUGCCCUGUUGGAGUACAAAAUCGUGCGACUAACGGAACUGGUGGAUGAUCAAAUCUACGAGACGAAGAUCAAUCUGCAGCGUAAGCAGGCCCGGUACACGCUGGACGAUAGCGACGAGGACAGUAUGGACGAGGUCGAGUCGGACGACGACGAUGGCAUUCCGUACAAUCCGAAAAAUCUGCCCCUCGGCUACGACGGUAAACCGAUCCCGUACUGGCUGUACAAGCUGCACCAGCUGCAUUUUACGUACGAGUGCGAAAUAUGCGGCAACUACAAGUACAACGGGCCCAAAGCGUUCCAGAACCACUUCUCCGAGUGGCGGCACGCGCACGGUAUGCGCUGCCUCGGCAUUCCGAACACGGCCCACUUUGCUAAUAUUACGAAAAUCGAGGACGCGUUGCUGCUGUGGGACAAGGUAAAGGACCAGACGUUCUCGAAAAUGUGGGUCCCAUCGAACGAGGAAGAGUUCGAGGAUUCGCGCGGCAACAUUCUCAGCAAGAAGGUGUACCUCGAUCUGCAGAAGCAGGGACUGCUGUAGAGAAGAGGGGAGCUGUGUUUGUGCGGUGUGUCAUUGCGGAUGAACGAACACUUAUUUUGGCGCCGGCAAACCUCGCCAGGCCCCUGUUUACAUUUGCGUAUCGCGCCCGUGUUGUAAUCCUUCAACGCCAUGUGUUUGGUUUUGCAAUAUGGCGAAAGUGGUCUGCCUGGCCAACAGGAUAGGCAAACCGCCGGCAGGGGAUAACGAGAGUGUCUAAAUUUAAACACGACAC